UUUUAGGUUAUGCUGGUCAGCAGGCUGUAGCACAGCUUUGCAAAAAUGAUCCGGCAAAUCGGAACUGCAGCUUGYGAUCUGCUGUCUGUCACAUCUGCAAUGUAUUUUUAUCCAGAUAAACCCUGGCUGCUGACAGGUCAUCUAGGGAAUCAAAUCUGCAGAUUUUACAGAGGUGGAUCCAGGGAAGGCCAUCCUUUGCUGGCACCAGAUGCAAAACUGGCACCAGAAGGUCUGCUGGCUGCUUCCCUUCGUGGAGAGGAGGAUAAGGAGGAGGAGGUGAUCAAGAAACCUUCAGCUGUUCACCUUCCUGAGAGUUUAUGCUCCAGCUCUCUGCUGGAGGCUGAAGGUGCAGCAGCAGAUGCAGACACAUUUGUGCUGACGGAUUCCCUCAGCAGGAGCUCUCUGAAUGAACCCAGGGCCCGGCCACGGAAGACAUCCAUGGUCACAGAGGAGCUGCUGGAGCAACUGAGGGGCAUUGUGUCYGAGGGGGAUCCCAAGAGCAGAUACACUGACUUGGUUCAGGUUGGCCGAGGGGGUUUUGGGACCGUUUACAGAGCCUUCGACUCAGUCACAGGACAGGUGGUGGCCUUGAAGAAGAUGCCUCUCCGCAAACGGAGCAGGAAGGAGCUCAUUGUCAAUGAGAUUCAGAUCAUGAAGGAAAACAGACACCCCAACAUUGUCAACUAUAUCGACAGCUACCUGGUUGAUGAAGACCUGUGGCUGGUGAUGGAAUAUGUGGAUGGAGGGACUUUGACCAGUGUUCUUGUCCCAGUCUUUAUAGAGGAAGGAAUGAUAGCUGCCAUCAGUAAGGAGUGCCUCAAAGCCCUGGACUUCCUUCAUUCAAAGAAGGUGAUUCACAGAGAUGUCAAAAGUGACAAUAUUCUUCUYGGAAUGAAYGGAUCUGUGAAACUGACUGAUUUUGGCCUGUGUGCUCAGYUGACCCCUGAGCGGAGCAGACGGUGCACAGUGCUGGGCUCUCCUUACUGGGUAGCACCAGAAAUUCUCAAAAAGGAGGAAUAUGACACCCAAGUGGACAUCUGGGCUCUUGGGAUCGUGGCAAUUGAAAUGCUGGAGGGAGAACCUCCCUACUUUCAAGAAAGCCCUAUCCAGGCUCAGCACCUGAUAGCCCGCAACAGGUACCCCCCUCUGAGGAUGCCCAACAAGAUGUCAGUGCUGUUCCACGCCUUCCUGCACUCCUGCCUGGACAUCGACCCCUCKGUCCGCUGGACAGCCCGGGAGCUCCUGCAGCAUCCGUUUUUAGAUACAGCGGUGAGUCUGUCCACCCUGCCUCACACGAUCCGUACAGCCAGGAAAAUGCACACGUCCUUGGCAGCGCUUCAUGGCAGCGCUUCYACCACGGAGAUGAAUACCGAAUAAAAUUUUCACUCUUUUGCGAGAUUUGCUCCUGCUUCUCACCUGCUGGUUAAGC